AUGUCCGAAUCAGAUCCUGGCUUUGUUGCUGCCCUCGAAGAAGCCAAGGCGGGCUUCGCUGAGGGCGGCGUUCCUAUUGGUGCGUGUCUGGUCAGCAGGGAUGGAAGUAUACUUGGGCGAGGGCAUAACAUGAGGAUUCAGAAAGGGAGCGCAACGUUGCAUGCUGAGAUCUCGGCACUGGAGAAUACAGGCAGGUUGCCGGCAAACGCUUAUGAGGGUGCCACUAUGUAUACGAGUCUAAGCCCUUGCGAGAUGUGCAGCGGGGCUUGUAUAUUGUACAAGGUGAAGCGGGUGGUCGUGGGCGAGAACAAGACCUUUGUUGGAGGCGAGGAGCACCUGCGGCGAAAGGGCAUCGAGGUCGUCGUGCUGGAGAACGAGGAAUGCAAGGCCUUGAUGGCUAGAUUCAUUGCCGAGAAGCCCAAUGUCUGGUGA